AAAGCACGAUCCCCAGCUGAUCCGACCCAGACAGGUCCCUGCUGCAUGAAAACUCUCCCGACAUAGGCGUCAGGAUCCCAGACUGACUGUGGAGGUUUAAACUCCUGGGACGCGAAUGAAGAAACUUCUCCUGCUUCACUUCACGUACAGAGGUUUAGUGAGAAAAGGGAAAAAGAGUAAAAGAAGAAAAUGGAUCGUUUUAAAUUGCGUAAAGCGGAACCAAAAGAUGUGCCUGACAUACUACGACUCAUAAAGGAACUGGCUAAAUAUGAAGAAAUGGAAGAUCAAGUGAUACUGACUGAGAAAGAUCUGCUCGAGGACGGAUUCGGUGACCAUCCAUUUUACCACUGCGUCGUGGCCGAAGUCCCCAGUGAGCAGCAGAGCAACAACAACGGUCCUGUGGUGAUUGGGUUUGCCAUGUACUACUUCACCUAUGACCCCUGGAUCGGCAAGCUGCUUUACCUGGAAGACUUCUUUGUCAUGAAAGAGUACAGGGGGUUUGGCAUCGGCUCAGAGAUCCUCAAGCUCCUCAGUCACACGGCAGUCAAGACUCGCUGCAGCAGCAUGCACUUCAUCGUCGCCGAGGGCAACCAGGCGUCGAUAGAGUUCUACAAGCGUCGUGGCGCCGCCGACCUCUCUCUGGAGGAGGGAUGGAGACUCUUCAAGAUCGACAAAAGCUCCCUCCUCAAGAUGUCCUCCGGCCCCGAAGAGUGAGCUGGCCCUGAGACACAUAGAAAGAUGGGGGUGGGAGUGAGAGACUUGGGGUCAAUUCCAUUUAAAUUCAUUUAAUUCUUUGCCUGUCUCUCACUUCAGCUGUGGGGUGGGGGGUGUGACUACUGACAGUAGAUUACUAUUAAAAGGGGCAUUAAACCUUACUAAUCAUAUGUGUGCACUAACUUUCUCAAUCUAGUUGCACUUAAUUUAGGGUUCCAUUUAUAUAUUUUUUUAGAUCGCGUAUUUUAUCUGUGGCCAUCGUUUUUAGUAGUUGUAGUACAAGUUUACGUUUUUUUUUUUUUUUGCUAAUCAAUGCACCUUAGGAUUCCUAGCUUUCUCUGUAAUUUGAAUGUUUAUUAUGAUGUUGGUGGAAUUAAAAGGUUCAGAGCA